CCAAUUUGCGGCCGCAGUGGUGGGAAUAGUGCCGUGCGGACGGGACAUGGCCGGACCAUGUAACUCGGGGUUUCACAUACAACGUAAAUUGAACUAUCAAGAAGAAUAAACAUUUUGAAGUUGUUGAACAAUUCAAUGUGCAAUAUGUAUUCUCAGAUUUAUUUCCACACGAAUCGAUAUUGCAUAUCAAAAACUUUAUUAAUAAUGUUUAAACUUAAAUAGUGAUAGUUAUUAAUGAUUUGUUUUCAAUAAAUUCAAUCAAAUCAAUUACGAAGGAAUAUAAACUUUACCAACGAUGGAUCUUGCACCGCACAGAUCUCCAACUCCAGAAUUGCAUGCAACGUACACGUCUUUAGAAAUAUUAGUGGCUGUUGUAGCAAUUAUUGGAAACUCUAUGGUGAUACAUGUAUUCCGUCGUGAUCGAAGAUUAAAAAGAAAAACGAACUAUUACAUUGUGUCCUUGGCAAUCGCAGAUUUGUUAGUUGGACUUUUAGGCAUUCCAUUUGCAAUCUUGGCUUCCGUGGGACUACCGAGGAAUCUCUACGCCUGCUUGUUUACAACGUCGCUGUUAGUGAUGCUGUGUACAAUCAGCAUCUUCUGCCUGGUAGCCGUUUCUGUGGAUCGCUAUUGGGCAAUUCUCCAUCCGAUGUGCUACUCAAGAAAUGUUCGAACCCAGACAGCCAUACUUAUAAUAUCCGUGUGCUGGGUGGCUGGUGCUGGUGUAGGCUUACUGCCUUUAUUCGGAUGGCACGCGGCUGAGGAUUCUAACCGUGGUUGCUACUUUGUUGAAGUCAUGGACUAUAACUAUCUCCUCUUAAUAUACUUCGCCACCAUCGUCACACCCAGCGUUCUGCUAGCCGCUUUCUACGCCCAUAUCUACAGGGUGGUCGUUAAACAGAUGAGUGCGGUGGUGACCGUAGAAGGAGGGCAGGGUCAAAGAGGAACCAUGUUGCGGGUUUUGGGGGCAGCACAGAAAAGAGAAGUCAAGGCCACCCAGAAUCUGGCGAUCAUCGUUUUCUUCUUUAUCAUAUGCUGGAUACCAUUGUACACCAUUAAUGCCAUCAAGGCCUUCAGACCCGAACUGGAUAUUCCUAAUCCACUGACAUAUUUCUGUAUUAUAUUUUCUCACCUGAAUUCAGCGAUAAAUCCGCUUUUAUAUGCUUACCAUUUGAAAGAUUUCCGCGCAGCUCUGAAAGGUUUAAUUCUGACUAUGCUGGGAAGAGGAGUACCUUUACCAGCGGCCUAUAGACCCCCUGUUCCUAUUAGGAGACCGGCUUUGGAGAGAUGUAAUGCUUUAAGGGAGAGACCGCGAGUGUACGUCAACUCUCCGGUUUGGUUGAGACAAAAAGAGGCCGAGAUGACAGCCAGCGUUGAAAAAAACAAAUCAACAAAAAUGCACGCCGAUCCAGAUAUGGAACCUUUUCUCAAUAAAUCCGUUCAAGAAGGAUCCGGUGCAGACAAGAAAGACAGUGGACCGUAUCUGAUAGAACCGAGCCAAGACGCACAGAGCCCUUAUAAGAAAGUCGAGGAAUUGAUCCGCAGGGUUCGUAGCGCGAGUUCGGAGCACAGUUGACAUGAAGCAGACCGUCUGCCCUCGGCUUUCAGUGUGGAGUAGGAAGCUUUAAUUACUUUUAAGGACAUUAUUUAUUUUAUAUUUAUAAUAAUUUAAUAUACCAGAUAUUUUAUUAUGGUGGUAAGUGUUUCGAAGUUUUUUGUAUUAGUGUUGAGAUUAUUAAAUGUGCUUGUUACAUGCCAUAGAUAAUAAACGUUCGUAUAAAUAUGUUUUGAA